AUGACAAUAUUUGAAACUGUUGUUUUGGAUAUUCUGAACGAAAAGGAAAUUUGUCUGAACGCUAGUCCUGUCGCUAAAAACCUAUUAAAAAACAUAAGUAAAUAUGUUAUUCAUUCCGUCAUACAUUAUAUUAUUAUAAUAAGAAGUAUAUUUAUUGUUUUUAGUACUUAUUAAUUUUAAUAUAUAACCAGACAUAAACGGGUAGUUUUACUACCAAUUAUUAUUAAAAUACAAACUGACAAAAAUUUCAAUUUUAUUAUUUGUAUUUUUGACAAUUGAAUAAAAAUUUUAAAAACAGGAGUUACUUACUAUAUAACCUACGAAUGAGUUUGUUUUAAUAUUUGAAUCCUUAGAUACGAAAAUUGAACAUUUUAUAGAUUUUUAAAUUCAAAUUUAAUGAAAAAUGUACGUAACUUAUUGUAGAGAAAAACAACAGAUAUGUUUACAUUAUUAUGAAAAUUUGUCCUCCAAACUUAACCUAACCUAUUUAAUUUUUUGUUUUAAAAAACUGUUAAAUUUAAAAAAUCUAUAAAUGUUGUGGUAAGAUAAGUACCUAUAUAAUAUAUUUAUGUAUAAACAUUAUAUAUAUUGACUUACUAAAAUUACAGAAGAAGAUGCAAAAAUAAAGUGGAGAAAUCUGAGGGAUACUUUUUUAAAAGAAAAAAAGAAAGUGAUUAAAUGUCGUUCAGGAGAUUCCCAAGAGAAUGCAGAAAUUUACACGGGAAAAUGGGCUUACUAUAGAUUAAUGCUUUUUCUAAAAAAUACAACUAUGCCAAAUAAUACUGAGGGAAAUAUUUCUGACUUAGAGGAUACUCAGCAAUAACAUUCAGACUUAUCAGAAAUUGACGAGUCUGACAAUUUUAGUGACUCGUAUACGGACAACAUAAGCUUGGAAAAUAAACUUGAAAUUGAACAACAUUCGUUAAGGUCCGAAUCAGACACUGACUCUUUUGUUAUUUCUGCUGUACCAAACAGUUCAAAUCUUUCAGAUGUGUCAUAAAGUAGUUCGAUAAAACAGAAAAAAAUCAAUCAAAUAAAGAUUUUGAAAGUGAGUUACUGAAACUCGAACAACAGAAAGUUACUGCUUUACUUCAGUCUAAUAUGAAUCCAGUUAUAAGUGAUGACGAAGAUAUGUUAUUCCUAAAGUCACUUCAUCCAUAUUUUCAUGAAUUGAAUCCAUUACAAAAACUGCGCAUAAGAAACCAACUCAACACUGUAUUUAUUAAUGAAUUGUCCGCCCAAGUACAACAGCCACAAGAAAUACAUACUUCAUCUGCCUCAUGUCGUAAUCCGUAUUUUUCUCAAAAUUUAAUGCAUUAUCAAAAUACACGUGGACCAUCAAACAUGUAUAUCCAACAGCAAAUCAACCCAACUGAUAUUGAAAAUGAAACAUACGAAACUAUAACUGCUCAACAUUUAAACUUUUAA